AGGUCGAUUGGAGUGAAGUUGAAUUAUUGGGAAUGGCACCACUAAGCAUUGAAAAUACAUGUACUGACAGAUGUAGACUAAAGUGAAGGAAAUAUGCUAGUUUGCCAAAGGUGUAUCCUUCUUUUCUCUGAAGAACUGUUAAAAAGACAAAGAAGAGUUGUUGGUCUAAUGAGCACCCACCUGCAGCUGAGAGCUAUGGGAAUGUCUGUCUCUGGUGGUCAUCAUAACUCACUAAAGAAGGAGGCCAAUAAUCCUCUACUUGCAGCCAAUAGAUAUCUUCAGCAUCCAAUCUUUGAGGACAAAGACAUAAUAUUUAGACCAACCGAGAUGGAAGUAGAAGAGGCUGGAAAGCUCUUUGAAAAUGGGAGGAAUCACAAAGUGGCAUUUGCAAAGGGUGCCUUCUAUCCAGAACAAGCUCCAGAUUACAAUAUCCCAGAGAUUGCAAUGAUAGGUCAUAGCAACGUUGGCAAGUCUUCUCUGAUAAAGGCUCUGUUCUCGAAUGUACCAGGUCUUACAGUAAGGACAUCCAAAACUCCAGGACACACCAAGCUCCUGUUAUUCUACCAAGCUGGUAAAGCAUUCGGCCUGGUUGAUUUACCAGGCUAUGGGGUCAGGCAACCUCAAAACUUUGCCGUUACAGCUCAAGGAUACUUGAGGACCAGAAAAAACUUGCAGAUGCUGUUUCUAUUGGUUGACAUCCGUGCAGGUUUUAAACCGUUGGAUUUUACUGCAAUUGAAAUGCUGGAAGACUUCUCUCGACCCUAUUCUUUGAUUAUCACAAAGGCAGACAGCAUAUCACCAAGAAAGCUUGUUACAUCGCUUUUAUCAAUCCGGGAUACCCUAAACACCAAGACAAGUACCUGUUUGCCACAGCCAUUCCUAGUGAGUGCCACCAAAAUGAAGGGGAUAUCAUUUAUGCGGAGUUACAUAGCAUAUCUUACAGGGAAUGUCAGAGUAUCAGACAGGUGACGUUGGAUUGAUAGAUGACACUAGGCAUCAAGUCUAUACCUAUAUUGGUGUUAUACCAUCAACAGUCUGAGCACAUGAUGAAUCUGUCUGGAUGAGUCAUCAAUUCUGGGGUAUGCGCCUCGGAAUGAAUUAUUUCUAGAUGAUGGUGCUAUAUAAAUGCUUAUUAUUAUUAUUUAUCAUCAAGUCUACUAUCAUCUUGGUGUUACAUGUAUACCCUCAACAGCCUGAUAUUUUUUCAAAGCACAUGAUGAAUCAGUCUGAAUCAAUCAGGACUUCGUUAGAGAUUGGGUACUGUAGCUGCUUACAAUGGCCCAUAUUCUGAAGUCAGGUUUAACUUAAACCAUGGUCUAACUCUGUGCUAAUAUUUUGGGAAGCCAAAAGCGUCAAAUUUUGUAUUACGUUGUAUGUUUCUUAUAUUUACUGUGCUCUUUCCUGAUUCUUCAAUGGUGAAGCCAAUCAUCUAUUUAUACUUCCUAGACAAUUAUGAAUGAUUUGAGAUCCAAAUGAAAUGAAAUAUGAUAUCUCUACUGUUAGUCAUUUAUGUAACAAUUGGCUAUCCAUACAUAAACCACAGCUUUAAACCUGAGUUUAAGUUAAACCUGACUUCAGAAUAUGGGCCAAUAACUUUAGCAAUGAACCUUUUAGUUAUAGCGUUGAUAUAGGGUUCGUGCCACCACGUUAUCUAUGCAGUAUAAAUAAAUAUUGUUGCCUCAGCUGCUAAAGUUUAUUUUUUAUGUCAGGGAUUAGACAUCAAUCUCAUCAGGCCCUGAUAGUCUUUGUCUAUCUUGGUCUGGGUGUAGCAUAACCAUUUUGAAGUAUUCUGCAAAUCAGGGAAAUCUUGGGCUAUCAAUCUAUUUCUCUUCAGAAAGAAAUACUAAGGGACUUUGAAAAGAUUUUUGAAAUCAGGGAAAGGUAAUAAAAAGAAAAAUGGAAAAAGCUCAAAUGAGAAGAAAAAAAAACGAGAUAAUAGACUGAAUACAUUUCCUUUGGAUAUUAUGAUAACAAGGCUCCAAAUUAUUUUUUUGGGUGAUGCCUCUGAAAAGAAAUCAUUAAAAUUGAAUACAUUAAUAUUAUAUUAGAUCCUUCCUUGUCCCAUUCACAGAAGCUAUUUUGAUAUCCAUUGACUCUUUAAACAACAGGACAUCAAGAAUUAAAAUGUUGGAGAAUAAUUGUUUAUAUCUA